GCGAUUUGCAUACUGACUUCCGCCCCACGGUUUCAGUUCUGCAUCAGACAGGCAGUAGUAGAGACGGGAGAGGGACAAGAUGUGUCACUCGAAGAUAUGAAGACGUGACAUUUAACUUUCUCCGCCAGAAAACUGAGUGAACGUGUUGGAUCACUGCCUCGGGACGUUGUAGGCCACAGUUCGAAAAGAUCGGACUUGGUCUUGAUGAAAUAAUUACCGUACUGGCUUUAACUCUAGCAAGCUAACAAGCUAACUCCUUGCUCUUUGCUGAGGAUCCGAUACUUUCAUUUGAGGAGGCGGACCUACACCAUACUGCGUGCUCAAUAUGCUAAAAACAUCUCCAAUGUUUGCAUACUGUAUGUGGAAGUACAGAUACUAUUUUGUCUUAAUACAAUCGUAAGGACCGAUAUAUUGCACUUUAAACUGGCUUGGAUACACAAUUUCUUGGCAGAAAGCAAAUACAUUUUUGUUUGUAUUUUUUUUAAAUUUUUUAGGCUGGGAAUUCCAAAUUUUUGCACUUUUUCUUUUUAAGUUGAUUGAGUUUGAAAACCGGUUUGCCCGACUAUUGCUAAAUCCCAUUAUAAAACCUGGUAUGAACGAUCUCGUUUCGUGGACACUUUUGGAGUGACUAAUACGCCACAGAAGUAUCGAUCAACGAUGGAGUUUUAAAGUCUUAAAUUAUUUUUUUAACGUUCCGAGCUCAUAAGCUGGAGUCAUAAAGCUAAAGAUUUUUUUGAGGUAUUUAGCUAAGGUGUUUACAUUAAUACAAACUUUUAACGUCGUUUGUAUCAUAGCCUAUUUAUAUAGAGAAACAUAUUUUCGUAUGAAUGUGCAGUGCCAUUUUUAAAAUAGCCUAAUAAAUAGCGCGACUAUUUAAAAGCGGUGCAUUUUAUGUAACAACUCUCGUGUCCGACGUUCCUAUUUCGCGAUUCGACUCAUUCUUCCUAAAUAUUCUGGCCAAACCGCAAUCGAUGAACGCAUUUUGUUUGGGCACCGGGCAGAAUCCACGUUUGUAAAACAUUGCUUUGGUUUCCGUAUAUUUUGCUCGCUUCCUCCGACGUGGAAAGGAUUCCCAGGCUUCCCCCAUCAUGACUUACUUCUGCCGGGCUGUGGCUCUUGGGGUGCUACGUGGACUUCUAAUUUGUGCGGUAUUGGGAUUAGAAAGCAGCUAUCCGAAUGAUCUGGCGAGUUCAGUCACUUCAGACGGUACCUUUGCUCCUACUAUCGCAGACCCCUGCCUUACUGUGAUGCCGCAAUGCGUGGGCGAGGCGGACCGGUUCAGCCUGGACGCUCUACGACACAUUCACAAACAGCUGGACGAUGACAACGAUGGGGGAAUCGAAGUCAACGAGAGCGUUGAGUUCAUCAUAGAGGACAUGAAGCAGCAGCAGACUAACAAGCACAGCAACCUCCACAGAGAGGAUCAGCACAUUACAGUGGAGGAACUGUGGAAAGGCUGGAAGACUUCUGAAGUGCAUAACUGGACACUGGAGGACACGGUUCAGUGGCUGAAGGAGUCUGUUGAACUGCCCCAGUAUGAGAGAAACUUCCGGGACUUCAGAGUGAACGGGAACACACUACCUCGAAUAGCUGCCAAUGAACCGUCCUUCAUGUCGCUACAAUUGAAGAUCGUGGAUCAGAGACACAAACAGAAGCUCAAUCUGAAAGCCCUGGAUGCAGUGCUGUUUGGACCCCCUCUGCGUCCCCAUCACAACUGGAUGAAGGACUUCAUUUUAAUGGUGUCCAUCAUCAUCGGCGUUGGGGGGUGCUGGUUUGCGUACUUGCAGAACAAGGCGUCCAAGGUGCACAUCUCUCGGAUGAUGAAGGACCUGGAGAGCCUUCAGCACGCCGAGCAGAGCCUCAUGGAGCUGCAGAGCCGUCUGGAGAAAGCCCAGGAGGAGAACCGGACGGUUGCCGUGGAGAAGCAGAACCUGGAGCAGAAGAUGAGAGACGAGAUCAGUGGAGCCAAAAAGGAGGCGCACCGGCUCCGGGAGCUGCGCCAGGGGGCGGAGUCUGAGCUGAGCCGUCUGAAAUACGCGGAGGAGGAGCUGGUGCAGGUGCGCGUGGCCUUGAAAAGGGCGGAGAAGGAGAUGCAGGCUGGUUGGUCCGUUCCAGAAGCCUUGCAGAUGUGGCUGCAGCUCACACACGAGGUGGAGGUCCAGUACUACAACAUAAAGAAACAGAGCGCCGAGCUGCAGCUCACUGUCGCCAAAGACGAGGCAGAAAAAAUAAAAAAGAAGAGGAGCUCGGUAUUUGGGACCCUGCAUGUCGCACACAGCUCGUCCCUGGAUGAGGUGGACCACAAGAUUCUGGAGGCCAAGAAAUCCCUGUCAGAGGUGACCGCUUGCCUGCGCGAGCGUCUCCACAGGUGGCAGCAGAUCGAGAAGCUGUGCGGCUUCCCCGUGGUGAACAACUCGGGCCUGCCCAAUCUGACCGCCACCCUCUACUCCGACCACAGCUGGGUGGUCAUGCCAAGGGUCUCCGUGCCCCCGUACCCCAUCGCCGGGGGGGUGGACGACCUGGACGAGGACACGCCGCCAAUCAUUCCACAGUUCACCUCAGCAGCCUCAUUGAUGAGACCCCCCCUGUCGCGCAGCAGCAGUAUGUGUCGUUCCCGCCGCAGCCUGCUGGGCUCCCAGCCCCCCGGCCUGCUCUCCCCCGACCCUGACCUCCUCUCCAUGGCCAGCACGCCCCUGUCCCACCACCCAGAGGAAGAGGAGGACCACAUCUUCUUCACCACGGAGCGGAGGGGGGACAGCCUGGACACGUGUUCGGACACAGAGUCACUCUGCUCGUCCUCAGGGCGGAGGACUGGGGGCCAGGAGACCCCCACCCGAAAGAUCUCCAGGGAGGAGCCACUCGGCCAGGAGCUGCAGGCGCUGGACUCACGGGUGGCCCUAGAGCUGACCCACAAGGGCUCGCCCGACCUGACGCGAGCUCUCACUGAAUCGCAGAGCAUGACCUUUAACCCCAUGAGCAAGGUGGUCUACAACGGCAUACUGGAGAAGUCCUACAGCCUGAGCCAGCUGCCGGCCGGCCCACCGCCCGGCUCGGAAGCCCGCUACCCUUCCCUGACCGGGCUGGACGAGCAGGUCAAAGUAACCAGGGAAAAGAUGCAGUCCAUGUCGUCUCAGGAGUCCUGCGAGAACGGCGAUAAAUUGAAGAGGUCUUCGUCCAAGAUAAAAAGCUUGUUCAAGAAGAAAAAGUAAAAUGAAAAAUAUGGGGGGGAGGGGGUGUUUAGCCUUAAAACGGACUGUCAACAAGAAGCCAAAAUAUGUGGUCUAUUUUUUUCCCCCGUCCUUUCUUUCACUGGAACGCCACUCUGUCUGGAUCCCCUAGAUUGGAGGCCAUUUGUUUUCUUCAAUGCCUUUUUUGUUCACUCAUAGUCGCACAGUUAACAGUUGUCAAAGUUCAAGGGUCAGUGCCUGCCGUCACCAAGACGACCAAGCUGUUUAUGGCCUGUUUACUGUUUUUUUUUCUUUCUCUCUCUUUUUAGUUAGAACCAAAAGUCACUUUUUUGAAG